AUGCCACAGAGUUCACAAGCCGACAAAUCCAGGCAAACAUCGAGUGGAAAGUCAUUCUUCGGACGGAAGUUGCACAAGGAGAAGCCGACCGAGGAACGAUACGAUAAUUAUGGAGGCUCCUAUGAUAGCCUGGCACCUCCGGGGAGCGCCGCGGGCUCACGCUCGUCCCGCUAUUCGAAGCGGUCUUCUAUUCAAUCUGUCGAUAUGACCCAGGAUUUUGACCCAAGCAGCAUCGCGCAUACCUCAGGCGUCAUCACCUCCAUCCCCUUUGAAAGUCUCCCCACCGAUACCAGGACUCCGAUUCCAAUCGACAAUUCUCGCCCUGGUUCUUCGCGCCAUGAGCCUUCGCCUAAUCAUCUGGGCAAAUCGGGAGGUGACUUCCAUCAAUAUCCGACCGUGACUUCCACAUCUGCGCCAAAUGGGUACGCUUCACAUCCCUCUGGCCCCCGUCCGCCCCCACACACCUCAAACAGCACCUCGCACGGCACCCUGAGCAGCAUCAACUCUGGCGAUCGAGGUGCCAGACAGCAACAAUGGGGACGGCCAGGCAGCUCCGCAGCGAAUAGUGGGCCUAAUCAUAACACCUCUUCAAUUGAUUCGUCCUCAAACUCCCGCACUUCCCUCGACCAAGCCAGCAUCUACUCAUCCGUUUCUUCUAAUACGCGCGGUUCGAGCUACUUCUCCUCCUCAGAGAAUUCCGCUCGCACUCUUACAACCUCGCAUUCUGGUGACCGCACCAUGUUGCCCAGCUCCAGCUCGGGCCGUUUGUCAAAUGCGGGAUCCUCCCACCAAAUCUCUGUACCGGCUGCUGUCCCCCGACCACAAGAUAACUACCUCACUCGACCGAGAGAUGACCGCAUUGUGGACCAGUUGUUUCUAGAACUGAUGCAGAAGCGAGGAUGGCAGAAUCUUCCUGAGCAGGCUAAACGGCAGAUGUUGUCGUACCCCGCUUCAAAGAAAUGGACAUUGGUACAUCAGGAUCGUUUGACGGAGUUGCAAGGAGAGCAAAAGAGACGACAAAAUGCCCGACAAACUCAUGGUCACGACGGUUUGUCCGGUUUGCUUGAACGUGCUGAUGAAGAAGGUAGCCCGGAAUGGUAUGUGAAGAAGGUGAUGGAUGACACCAUUACAUCCAAGCAACUUGCUAGUUUGAGCGUCAGCUUGCGGACACAGCCAAUUAGCUGGGUGAAAGCCUUUGUUGAAGCCCAAGGUCAAAUCGCUUUAACAAAUGUCCUCUUGAAGAUAAACAGAAGAAAGGUCUCUGGUCCUGUCCCAGCUCCGCCUACAGGCGAUAAAGAUCUAGACCGGGAAUACGAUAUUGCCAAAUGUCUGAAAGGCCUGGUGAACAACAAGUAUGGCGCAGACGACGCUUUAGAGCAUCAAAAUGUGCUGGUUGCCCUCGUCACCUCGUUAUCAUCACCACGCCUGAAUACUCGAAAACUUGUCAGCGAAGUCCUCACUUUCUUGUGCCACUGGGGCGAUGGACAAGGCCACCAAAAAGUCCUGCAAUCGAUGGACAAGGUCAAGCAUGAUCACAACGAAACUGGUCGCUUCGAUGCUUGGAUGCGUAUUGUCGAGGUCACAAUUGACGGCCGUGGAAAGAUGGGAAGUCUGGUCGGUGCGAGUGAAGAGUACCGCAGCGGAGGCAUUGGCAUGGAGAACCUGCUCAUGGAGUACGCGGUCUCAACCAUGAUCCUCAUCAAUAUGCUGGUGGACAGAGCAGAAACGGACCUACAGCUCCGUUGCCACAUUCGCGCCCAGUUCACAUCAUGUGGAAUCAAGCGUCUUUUGACGAAGAUGGAAGGAUUCCAAUAUGAGGUUAUUGACAAGCAAAUCGAGCAAUUCCGCGAGAAUGAGGCCAUCGAUUACGAGGACCUCCUCCAGCGGGAAGGCAGCAGCAUGAAGGAUAGCAUUGAGGGCGAAGUCAAGGACAUGAGCGAUCCUAUGCAAAUCGUCGAUGCAAUCACAUCCAAGAUUAAUGGAAGCCGGUCUCACGACUACUUCCUAUCGGCUAUGCAACACAUGCUCCUCAUCAGGGAGAACUCUGGCGAGGAAGGGCUCCGUAUGUUCCAGCUGGUAGAUGCCAUGCUGAGCUAUGUGGCCAUGGACCGCAGGCUGCCCGACCUUGAUCUCCGGCAGGGCUUGACCUUCACCGUGCAGAGUCUGCUAGAUCGACUGCACACCGAUGCUGAGGCAAGGCGGGUCUACGACGAGUCUCUCGAGGCCCGGCAGAUCGCCGAGGCUGCCAUUGCCGAGCGUGAUGAGAUGCGGGCGCAGGUUGAGCUCGGCGCAGAUGGCUUAGUCUUGAAAUUGCAAAAACAAAUCGAUGAACAAGCUGGUAUCAUUGAGCUGCAACAAAGACAAAAUGAAUCGUUUAAGGCCGAGGUUGCAGAAGUACAACGACUGCGUGCUCAGGAAUUGCAGCGUAAUGAGCUGGAGACCCGAGAACUAUACCUUAUGCUCCGAGAUGCCCAGGAUAUUGCCGCUUCCAAUGCUCGAAAGGCCAACAACCCUGAGACGGUGGAGCCAGCAGAUAUAUCCCAGUUGCCUGGUAUCAUGGACCGCGAAAAACUCAUGGAACGUCUGGAACGCCAACUCGAGCGGACUAAGACCCAAUUCAAGCUGGAGGGCAAAGUAUGGGGUCAGCAUGGACCAUCUGACCGACUCCGCGAACUACGUGAGAAGAUGGAAGGCGAAGGAGAUGACAGUGAGGACUUUGCUGAAACUACUCACCGAAACCUCGACCCUGGCUCUUUGGGAUCUGUUUACCGCAAGCGCAGCCAUAUCCCUGCGAUGGACUCCACUUUUGUAGAUGAGGAGGACAUACCAGUGGAUAGCAAUGGCGAGCCGAUGUACGAGAGGCCUCGUCUGGUGGAAAUGCAUCGUCCUCGUUUGAACCCUGCCCAGGCUACCGGCUUGCUAGGCGAGAUUGCUUCCAAGGUUCCUAAGUUUGAUGCUGAAGAUUCCGAUGCUGUUGAAGGGGAACAUGUGCUAGAAGACAACGAAGCUGCCACAAAGGCUAUGCCGCCGCCGCCGCCUCCUCCAGGUGGCAAGAUUGUUCCUCCGCCUCCACCGCCAGGAGGUAUGGCUCUUCCCCCACCUCCGCCGCCGGGAGGCAAGAUUCUUUCACCUCCACCUCCACCAGGGGGCUUGGCUCUUCCCCCGCCGCCUCCCCCGGGUGGAAGCGUUGGUUUGCCUCCUCCCCCACCGCCUGGCGGAAUGGCUCUCCCACCACCGCCCCCUCCAGGUGGUGCCAAGGGUGUCCCUGGGUUGCCGCCUCCACCUCCGCCCCCCCGGUGGGAGAGCUGGAUUACCCCCGCCGCCGCCUCCAGGUGGUGGUGGAUUUGCUCCUCCACCUCCUCCCCCUAUGCCUGGAGCUAA